CCUGCUGCUGGCUGUAUAGAAAGUCACCAGUAGGCUAAAGAAAAAGGCUUUCAUCAUCAUUUUUCAUCUUUAUUAUGAUGAUAGGAAUAAAACUUUUUGAGCAUGUGGUCACAUCUCGUUGAAAAGCAUAGAAUAAAAGAGGAAAGACUUAAGUUGCAUGUGGCUGGAUUGGCAAGUGCAAGGCCAGCCUCCCACUUACCAAACGGGCAUCACGUCAGAGCAUCUAGGGGAAGUAACAGAUUGUGGAAUGAUAGUGUGUUUCAGUGGGAUGCAAGACAUAUCAACGGAAUAAACAUCAGUUCAAUUAAAAACAAAAGCAGCGACAUUCUGCUGGGUUCCAUUGACUCCUCAGUUCAGUUCAGCUUCACUGCUGUGAGGGUGCGCUGGGAUCGCUCCACCAAAGAGGGACACGAAAAACCCCAACACCAGAUGAUCCCCUCGAAACAGCAGAAGACUCUGGGGCGGUCACCUUUGGGGAGGUUUAUCACCACUUAUAAUAGUGACUAUAAACCCCCCAGUGAGCGCCACCCACAGGUCAACCAGGUGAACCCCAGGACUGAAGCGAAAGCUGCUCCUGUACUUAUCAACCCAACUCAGUACUUCUACAUGACAGCUAACAGCAUCAGUGGCUUAGGUGGCUGUUCACAGCCCCCCUCUUGUUCCCUCUUCCCCGCCUUCUUGCCUCCUGUUUCUGAGGCGGCCGGGGUUGCUGGCUCCACCCUGACAGGCGCGACGACACAUGAAGUGGGAGUUGCUGGGGAGACUGGGUUUGGCGAGGAGGAGGAGAAGACAGCAAUUGUGUUGGAACAGCAGGAUGCAAAAGAUGAACCACAGGAAAAGAUGGAUGUUCUCUAUGAAGAAGGUGUGAUUGUGUUGUCAUCUCAUGUCGACCUGGCCUGCUGUGAAGAUUUCCUAAGAACAGCGUGCAGAGAAGUGGGGCAGCUCCACCUCCCUAUGACCUCCAGUCUGGUUAUCCCUGACAAAGAUGCUGAAAGUUGGGAUAACAGCGUCUACCCCAGGGGCUUGGGACCAGCUAUUCUACUGAAAAACAACACCUCUCUUCAGCCCCCUUGCAGACAGCACAGUUGCUGUGCACAGGAAACUGAGUGCCCUAAUAGCUGUCACUUGAAGACACCAGCCUUCCCUCGUGGCAGCACACAAUCUCUGGCCUGUGUGCAGCCAACUGUCUGCCGCACGGAGCCCAGCAGGAAGCCAUGGUUGACAGAGUACCAAGCCAGCUACACUGCUGCGUGGGCUCAGCCUAAGAUCCAACAGAGUGACCUUCACCAUUGUCCUCUUCCUCAUCAUUUUGUCCUUCGGUCCAAUCCUCAACCUUUGUUUCAAUACAUAGCAAAUUAAAAAUAAAAAAUGUUUUUUUUCUCCAACCACGUACACUUUCACCACAGAGUCACCACAUAUGAGAAAUACUUCCUCGCCAAGGUAGCGGUCAAGGAUUAUGUCUGUGGUUCUCAGUAAUCUUGCCUCAAAAUACAGAAGCUGAGGAUGAGUCAUAACACAGCAGUAAACCAUCUGCUGGCAGGCACCCGCAGGAGGCAGCAAAAUGUGUGUGCUUGUUGUCAUUCUCCCGUUUAAAUGUGCAUGCGGUGAAGUGCAGCGACAGACAAAGUAUUCAGAUUCUUUACCAGUGCAAGUAAAUGUUCUGCAUUCAAAAGAGUAAAAGGACGCCAUCGUAUAUUAACAGAUUAACAAUGCAUACAUCUGUAAAGAAAAGAUCUUUAGCAAUACUCUAUGCUGUAACUUGUAAUUCAGUAGUAAAAUAGCAAUAUCAGAUAAUCAUGUCUUUUGCAUACGCUUUAACAUUUUAAAUAUUUACUUACACCUAAAGUUAAAACUGGAUCAAACAUGUAGCCUCACAAGGUCUCGGUAAAACAUGUCACAGACUUCAAGCACAAUGACAUUUAUCAAGCAGAUCAGCCCAGAAAAUCAACUCAACUCAGCUAUGAUGCUAACGUUAUCCUGUCAGAGCCUCCAAAAAGCUGCACCAGAACGCUGCCUUGCUGGUAGUUUGUAAUAAUCAAAACAAAAAAAAAACCAAAAACUUACAGCUGUGGCUACAAUCGAAGCCACAGCAGAGCUACCCACACCCAGUGGCUUUGGCUACAGUCAGAGCUCAGAUGUCUGCCAUGAUCGUAAAGAGUUCAAACUUGGCUCAUUGCCAUGCAGAGUGCUGGCUGUACGAAGUCCCGUUAGCUAAGGAGCAGAGACGAUCUGGUAUGACGACCUUAGAGGUCACAUUUCUUCCUUAUAAGUAAUAAAAGUGCACACUGAGAUUUGUAGCUUAGCUACACACCACUAGGAUGAAAAUCUCUCCAUUUACUUCUCAUUAAGGCACUUGAGGGACUUUGGAAUAUGAUGACCUUUUCAUCACUAACUAAUCACAAGGUUUUUACAAUCCGAGGCAUCUUCAUUCAGGGAGCUCGACGCUGCGACCCUUGCACCCUUCCUCCCUCCUCCUCGUUUUCUCGUGCAAGAAAUAAAAGUCUUCUUUCUAUAAUUAAAAACCUCAAAAAAUUAACACUAAAAUUGAAAAAACAUUCCAUGAAAGUCCAUGAAACGCUGGCAAGUGAACCAGUGCCAGUCCCCCCCCCCAGAGUGUAACAGAAGACGAACGAAAGAUAUUUGUCUUUAGCAACUUUAUUUGUCUUUUUUCAUUAUUUUUAUUUGUACUGAAAUUCAUACUCUGUGUCUUCUGGACUUCUUUUUUUUUAACGACUUCUGUCUAACUCAUCUAAACAAAAUCACCAAAAAUGAUUUCAUGUUGUACAAUCCACCUGGCGGACAUUCCUAUUGGCUUCACCAGGGUGCCAAUCGACAGCUGUGAUCCAACACUGUGCAAGGAAGUUCCAUUUUAACCGAGUCACUACUGCACGCAUUAAGAACACACGAGAGUACUUCUUAGCCUGAAAAAAAAAAACGGAAAAGCUGCACGGAUGUGAAGAAGUGCUUUCACCUGUCAGACACUUCAAUGAAGUACAAGUGCCCAAGUGUCUACUUAA